GAGCGCGGUGCUUGGGAGAAAGGCGGCGCAUCGGCCCUGUCAUCUCUCCCGCGGAUCUGCCCUCACAGACAACCAGCCUGCGUCCGGUUCCAGCUGGUGUUAUGCUCUCGGCCAAAGACCACAUGUUCGCCAGGCCAUCAACCACGCAGCUCGGCAAGCGAACCCACGGCGAGUUCGAGCAAGACGCCGGCCCGGCCAAGGUUCCGGAUGCGAUCGACAAGUCCGCUGCACAGCGACCCAAGUGGAAUGCCGAAAUGGCGAGCCUAUGCAAGCAGAGAGCACGGCUGCUGAAGGGCUCUCCUCCCGAUGAAAAAUUCGUCAGCGACAUUGAGCUGACCCCGUUCACGAAGAACACCAGCGCUGCGACCGUUCAGCUGGUCCGAUCUGUCUUCUCCGAGAUGCUGCAGACCACAUGGAUAUCGUUCACCAUGACCUACAUGAUCUCACCGGGAGCGGUUGUUCCGCACCUGGAGGCGCACAGCGACAAGCUUCUGGAUCUGCCUGUCGUCUUCCUUCGGCCGCGAGGCACAAAAGCCCAAGAGGACGCCUUCAACAAAGUUGUGGACUACAUGAGAUCGAAGAACCGGUUUGGCCUCAUGUUCCUCACAGCCAGCAAGUCCACGCUGCUCUUUGUGCCAACCAAAAGCCUGGAGUCGCAUGAUCUGUUUGCUCGAACGCUGGGAAUCAAAGCUGAGCGGGACGAGUCGCUGGCCGUGCUGUUUUUGCAUACGGCAAUACCUCUGUCGACCUCGUACUCGAUAGAGAAGCCAUCGACCUUGAUUGACAUCAAAGGUUCCACCACGCCAAGCGUUGUCCAAGCCCAUCUGAUCUGUCAGAUCUUUGGCAUAUCCGAGGAGAUCAUCGCGCUGGUCAAGGACAGCUCGUUUGCUUUCUACGGACACCGAGACAGCCAAAUCAACCAGGAGAUCAUUGAAGCGCUUCGAUCCUUUCGAGGCCGGCUGGAUGAGUCUUUCAGUGAUCGUGUCAUUUGUGUGCUGAUCCAUCGAGAAUUGUGGCCGCAGCUCUCGUUGAUGCCAAACUUCAACCGCCUGAAGCUCAAGACUCGGUUCUUUGUCUUUGGAAUGUGUGCCACCGUGCCCAGACAGCUGUGGUCUCCACAUGAAGUGUUUGCGUCAGGCCGAAUCCUGACAUUCGACCUCGAUCUGCUGGACGACCCUGAGGCGCCAGAGAUGAUCUCCGAGAUCUUUGAGAUCAUCAAGCUGGACCAAUCCCAGAGCAUUGAUAUCAUCCUGCACCCAGACUUCUCAAAAGCAAUCCAGACCACCCCUGAGACUACCACGAGCAUCGAGAAGGCCAACAGAUCACAAAGCAUCGACUAUUACAUCCGCAAGUUUGAGCGGCUGUAUCCUGACAAGCUGAAGCGUUGGGAAGAGAUUGAGACCUUUCCGCACCCAACAAAGCCCAUUUUGUUCACGAUGCUUCAACACCAAAGUCGGUGUGCAUUCCGAUAUCGCAAUUUUUGGGUUCUGAAAGGGUCGAGCUUUGUCGAUGACCCUGCGACCGAGACCUAUGGCGUACACCAGAUCCGCUGGCCGCGAUGCCAACGAUGGCUAACUGCCGCCGAAGGCACGCUUACCUUGGACGAAUGAGGGCAAGACACAGUACAGUUCCCCUUUCUGGCAUCAGAUGUCUGAGACCCACUGAUCUACUGUAGGCUCCAGUGGGAAAGCCAUGUGAUUGCUUCCCGUGCUAGUUGGCAAUUUCUUAGUUUUCGUUGGUUUUGGAAAGCAUGGUCUUGAAUACACUCGGUCGAUCUCCUGUGACGA